AUGCAGAAAUGGGUAAAACUGGGGAAGGUCGAACUGAAAGUUGUCCCCGGGCACACAAAGCAGGGUACUCAAUAUUUGAACUUCUACGUCAAGCACCUUGGGCGUACUGGGUUUGCAGUCGGGGGCUUGCUCGGAGAGGAUGACCACAAGGAGGCUUCAAUGCCUACGGAGGCAUGCCUUCACCAAGUUUCUCUUCUUGAGCACCAUGAAACUAGUCAAACGAAUGAGGGAACAUCUCGCGUCGACCUCAUCAAGAAGUUCCUCCACAUCAAGCAUGGCGGGGCAUCCGACCUUUCGGUUGCAGAGGCAAGCCUCGCAUGA